AACGGAAUUUCUGAAAUCGCAGCUCUACAACAUUCUUGACGAAGCCAUUUGCCAAAGGCAUUUUCGUUGUAAAUUUGACAGCGUUUUAAGCAUCUUUGAUACGCUCCAAAUACCAGCCUUGGUAACGCGCCGCAUUUGAGUUGAGGAGGGUUCCGGCUCCGGUGUGUUGUGCUCGGCGGCACGCCCCCUAAAUCCCCUAAAUCACCUAAAGACCUCAUACUCCCCACUUCUUCUCUAAUUAACAACAUUUAUUAAAUUUACCUUUGACGUCUGGCGGCUAAAUCACUGCUUUUCUUCGAUUGUUUGUGCCGUGCCGCCGUGCCGCCGCCGUCGCCAUGUCGGGCCCGCUGCGCCGCCGCCUGGAGCUGCCGAUGCCGAACCGGUCCGGCCUGGUGGUGCGCUCCGACCCAGCGCUGCCCUCGCCCGUCACCGACCUGGCCAACAACCUCAGCGCCGCUUCCAUCAGUCAGUCGCCAGGACGCCGCGGCUUCAGCAGCUCUUCGGACGAGGCCGACACGCCGACCACGUCAGCCGUGCUCGGCGGAAGGAGCCGCUCCCGCAGGCUGCUGCGCGAUGUCUCUCUGGACGAGUGGAGCGGCACGCCCGAGUCGGCCGGCCGGCCGGCGCCGCUGCGUCGCAACCGGUCGCUGCCGGUGCGCCAGCGGCUGCUCUCGGCGGCCGACUCGCCCGCGCUCGACAAGGAGAACGCGCCGCUCCUGUCGCCGGCCGCCAAGCUGGACGGCUCGUUCGACUUCAGCAGUCCGAAGCGGGCCUCCUACAGCGACAGGUCGGCGCGUGCUCCGGACGGCGGCUGCUCGCGGCGGCUGCCGCUGGGCCAGCUGCAGCGCGCCGCGCCACACAAGGCCGAGCUGGCAGAGACGGCCGACCCUUGCUCGCAGGACAGCGGCUAUGACGCGUCCGAGAGGGACGACUUCCGGUUCGCCGCGCCCACGGCGCGCCCGCCGCGUCGUGUCCGCUCGUCGGCGUCGUCUGGCUCGUCGGGCAGCAGCCCGGCGCGCCUGCACCGCUCCGACUCGGACGGAUUCAUGGACGCCAUCGCGCUGGACACGAUGGACGAGAGCGCCAUGCCGGCCGGCCUGCAGGAGCUCCUCUCGGCGCCCAUCCUCCACAGUCCCGCCAGCGAGCCGGCCGCCGCCGCCGCCGGCCAGCCCGCGCACCGGCGGCCGCCCAUCCGGCGCUUCCUCUCCAUGGUCGAGCACCCGACCACAGACGCCGCCAGGGCGCACGCGACCCUGACGGACCGGAUGCCGGUGCCGGUGCCCGGCCGGGUGGGCCAGUUCAAGCGGCCCGAGCCGCCCGCCCACGAGCCGUGCUCGCCCACCCGUAAGCGGCUCUGCUCGCUGGCCGAGGCAUCUCCGUCUCCGUCUCCGUCCCCGCCGCGCGCCUUCGAGCUGCAGCGGUCGGAGAGCCACCGGCUGACACCGGUCAGCGAGCGCGUGCGGCCACUGCAGCGGUGCUUCUCCGAGUCGGAGGCCACCAUCAAACGGGCCGUCCAGCGAUCGUGCCAGGACCCGGACCUGAUCGGCGACAGCACGCGUCCCUACGUGCUGCCGCUGGUGCACACCUCGCGCAACAACGACCUGAAGGCCAUCAGCGGCGAGACGCUGGCGCGCCUCAUGGACGGCCACUUUGACCACGUGGUCGAGUCGUUCGAGAUUGUCGACUGCAGGUACCCGUACGAGUUUGAUGGCGGCCACAUCCGCGGCGCCGUCAACCUGUACACCAAGGACGGCAUCCACGAGCGUCUGCUGGCCAACCGGCGCGCGCUGCCGCCACCCUCUGAGGCUGACCAGGUCGCCGACAAGAAGCGCCACAUCGUGGUGUUCCACUGCGAGUUCUCGUCGGAGCGCGGGCCGAGCAUGUACCGCUUCCUGCGAGAGCAGGACCGCAAGCUGAACAAGGCCACCUACCCGGCCCUGCUCUACCCGGAGAUCUACCUGCUCGAGGGCGGCUACAAAAAGUUCUUCGAGCGGCACUUGGAACAGUGCGAGCCGCGCACGUACAAACCAAUGAACAAGGAGGGGCACGAGAGUGACCUGAAGCACUUCCGCGCCAAAUCCAAGUCGUGGGCGGGCGACUGCCGGGCGCGCGGCGUCUCCAAGCGCAUAUUCUCGUGAUGGGAGUGCGGCUAGAGACUAGUAGCGGCCCGCGCGCCGUGUGCCGCCGUGCAAUAGAGGCGCCGGCCGCCGCCGCCCCGUGCUUGACGUGUGUGAUAUCAGCUGUUACCAAAGUGGCGCGCCGCCGGCCCGUGUCGCGAGAUCAGCAGGGACCACAAAUCUAUAGACGGCUCCGGCCCGACACACCACGCUCACUGUCAGAGGCAUUGUAGUAGCGCGCCGCGACAUGCUUAGUUAGGCCUAUGAUCUGAUUGAUUGACUGGCGACUGGUUGAUGGGUGCUGAGCGCCGCUGUCGGCACGGCGACUGUUUUAUGUAUGCGACUGAGAGGGACCGGGCGGCCCGCCCAGAGCGCCGUGCCGGCCGGCGGCCCGCCCGCAGCGUCCGGACAGACAGGGCAUUCAGGGCGCAGUGUGUGCGCCGGCCGCGUGCGGUCUGGGCGCCGGGUGUGAGGACGACAGACAGAUCUCUGAGCACUGCCCGCCGCCCGCGGCGGACCAGUGGAAAUUCAGGCGCCCUGAGCGCGUCCGUGUUUGAUUCUGUUACGCGGCUCCGUCGCUGGCGGACCGAGCGCCGUUAUAGGAAUAAAUUCGCGUACCUCACACACACA